AUGAAUGCCCUAUGUGACGAUGAACUAGCCUUAAUUUUGAACUGGAUCAAGGACUCAGACGAUAGAAAAUCAGUCUCUCAGGUCUGCAAGCAAUGGUGGCAAGUGGAGAGUCAGAACCGGUCAUCAAUUCGUGUUCUUGACCUCGAUAUUCUUCCUGCAUUAUUACAUAGAUUUCCAAACUUGGUCACGUUCCAAACACCAAAGUCUAUAAGCAACGACAACCUCGAAUUAUUAGCCCAAGGAUGUCCCAAACUAGAGGUCCUCGACCUCACAGCACCGUGUCUUUCACCUGCAACAGUUAUGACACAAGGUCUAUGCACACUCGCAAAUAGGGGUCCCGGAUUAUCCAAGGUUUCGCUUCGUGGGAGGCGCUUAUGGGAUGGGCGUGACACAACAACUGCGUCGUUCGAACCUUUCGGGAAUAACUUGAAGCAUUUGGAUUUGGGGAACUGUUUGAAUGUUUAUGACACAACCCUUUUCAAAGCAAUUGGGUCCUCAAGUUGUUCCAUUACGGUUUUGAAUUUGGAACGCUCUAGAAUUACGGAUUGUGGAUUGGGAUUUUUGACAGACGGCUCUUGCUCAAACACCAUAAAGGAAUUGGUCCUUGAGGGGUGUCGCUAUAUCAGUGAUUCAGGGGUCUCGCUCUUGCGGAAGAUGUGUGUCUUGGAAGAGCUAAGUUUGGCUUUUUGUAAACGAGUAACUGACGUUGGAGGUGUUGCGAUCUCCGCAAUCGGAACCCUCAAGAAAUUGAACCUUGUUUCUGGACCUAAAGUGACAGACACCACCAUUGUUGCGCUUGCCAAGAAUUGCCUCAACUUGGAGACGCUUGAAUUGAGGCAUAAUGAAUUCGUGACCGGAGAUGGUAUCCGUGCAUUUUUGGGUCACAAAUGCUUGCAAGUGAUUGAUCUACGAGGUACUCACACAUCUGUAGUUGGAUGUGAUUUGGAAGAGCUAGCGCUUGCAUGCCCGUCUUUGAAGUCUAUAGUUGUAGCGGAGGGAUCAAAAGAGAGGUUGUUCCGUGAAAUGCAAGAUAGCACUCUUAGCAGAUUCAUGUGCUUCCAUUAG